AUGAAUGCUCGAAAACUCUUGAAUUACCUUAAAAAGAACUACCUUACUUCCUUCUGUCUUUGCCUUGUUUCUUACUUGAAAUUUUGCGCCACUGAAUUUGUGAAUUGCAAGGAAUAUGCCUUUGAUAUCCUAUGCCAGAUUCUUACAGAAAAUGAGCGUGGUCUUUGGCAGGAAACCUCCUUCAUGAAUAAAGAACUCAAAUCAGCACUUCUUGAUUGUUUGAAUACAGAGAGGUCAAUAAAGAUAUUGCAUAAAAUUCUCGAUUUUGUCGUCACCAUUGCUACUAAAGAAGUAAGACUUGGGAAUGAAUGGCCUGAGCUUCUUGAGUUUGUUUAUGAAUCUAUUGGUUCUGAUUCUGAUUCUGAAGAUAGAUUGGAGUGUGCGAUUUCUUUGCUUUAUAAGUUGAUCCCACAAUGUGCUGUCGAAGAUUUGGUUAUUAGUAUUGAUUCCUUUUAUGAUAGUUUAGUGGAUAUAUUUGAUUCUGAAGAAAUGAGUUUAGAGGUACAGGUUCAGGCAGCUCUUGCCUCAAAUCGUUUUCUUUGUUACUGGACGAAUCGGUCAGACCAUGAUAGAUAUAGUACUGUCCUUUUGGUCGAAAUAGUGUUGACCAUUUCCACUUUGAUCGAGCAUAGAUCAGACAAAGAUAUACAGGCGGUGGUCAAUGAAUUGACUGUGUUGGCAAAGGAGAAGCCAUGGUCUUUGAGUAGCCAAUUUGAUUAUCUGGUUCAAUCUGUGCUUAGGAUCGUGGAUGGAAUUGAACUUCAAGACAGAACAAAAAUUAUUGCAUUAGAAUUUGUGGUUGCUUUAUCUGAAAAAAGAGUUGAAGGUCGACGAAUGUUGCGAAGAUCACAUUAUAUAAUCCCAAAGUUACUUGAAAAGAUUUUGUUUCUGCUUGCAAAUUUAGAAGAUGAACCAGAAAGCGGAACUGCAGAGACUGACAUUCAGAAUCUGCCUGUGGUAAGGUGCUUGGCUAGAAUUGCAGCUGCCUUAGGUGGGGAAGUUCUCGUGAAUAAUUUCCCCAAAUUAUUUGCAAUUCAUUUUGGCGCUGAAGAUUGGCAGAGCCGCCAUGCUGCUGUUCUUUUCCUUGGCAUUGUUGCAGAGAAAUGUUCAAAGCCAAAGGAGUUGAAACAUGGUUGGAAUCAAAUGGCAGGAAGAAUUAUCAGAAGUGUCAAAGAAGACAUACACCCUCAUGUGCGUUGGGCAGCUUUAUAUACAAUUAAACAAUUAUCCAAGCAUUUGAAACCUGAAUUUCAAGACAAUUAUCAUGAAAAGGUGAUGCCUGCAUUAACCAAAGCCAUGGAUGAUUUCAAUAAUCCCCGUGUUCAGGUGCAAGCUUAUUUAGCGUUGUUCGACUUCACCUGGAACUGUUCUUCAAGUACUCUGAAACCUCACCUAAAGGAAAUUGUCAACAAAUUGCUCAAACAAUUAACAGAAAGUAAAUCAUAUGGUCCAGGGCGAAACUUUAAAACUAUUGUCAGCAGUAGCUCAUUCAUCACAGGAUCACUUUGCAGAGUAUUAUAGUAGUGUCAUGCCUUAUCUUAAAGUUAUAAUGAUGACUGCAAAUGAAGAACUUGACCACAAUCAUCUUGCCAAUUCCGUGGAGUGCAUAACUAUUGUUUGGUUGGCUGUAGGAAAGGAUAAGAUCAGAUCUGAUAUUGAAAUGGUUGUGUAAUUGCUCUUCUCUUUACAAGGAUCAAAAUUAGAGGAAAAUGAUCCAAUGAGAAGUCAACUGUUGCAAGCAUGGGCCAGGCUUGGGAAAUGCUUGGGACAUGAAUUCAAACCUUAUAUGAGUGUUGCCAUUCCGCGGUUGCUUAAAUCUGCUAAAAUCGGAUCAUAUGUCAUUAUACCUGAUAAUCCUGACGAUUUUGAUCAAUCGGAUGGCAGUAUCACGGCCCUGAUUCUUGGAGAUAGAAAGAUUUGGAUCAAAACUAAGGUCCUGGAGGAAAAACUCACAGCUUGUAAAGGGUUGUAUUUACUGGCUGAUGAGUUGAAGGAAGGCCUUUCGGUAUGGACUGAAUAGGUUGCUCGGGCUUUAGUUCCACGUCUCAAAUUUGCACACAGUGAAGAAAUCCGAAGAGUUGCUGCUUCUGGUAUUUAUUACACUUUAAUGUUUCUUGACAAAGAAAGCUGAAUUCUCCAAGUUAAAACUAAUGCUCAGGACUCAGGAGAGAUUACAGAUUCUCUGAUAGCUUGCACAGGAGCAUACUCUCUCUUCAACAUCGCACAAAAUUCUAGGCAUCUGAAACAAGACACAUGUAGCGUUCUAGUCAGAUUGCCUAGUGCUUCGCUCAGAAUCAAAACAGUUUUGCCUUUGAACUUGACCUAAAACCUGAGCCUGUUAUUAGAAUUUUCAGCUAUCCUAGACCUUGUUUAGCACCAUUUAUCUCAUUUUCAUUUUUCCAUGUAAGCUUCUUAUUUAUUAGGAAUGCUCCUGCAUCACUG